AGAUCGGCAACGACGUGAUGAAACCCGGUAUCCGAAAUGUCAGGUCAAGUUGUCACCAACCUCCCCAUGGGAAACGGUCUCUGCAAAGAGGUGCAUACAUUAUCAUUCUGCUCCAACAGCUAUGAUGUGACGCCCUCGAAUAUCUUGGGUAUGAGGGGUAUCAUACUGGCUGGCAUGCUCAUUACUGUCAUUUGGUUCUUCGCUGAAUGGGUGUUAUGGUAUGUCGACUUGAAUCUACGCAAAGAGAAGGCAGAGGGAAUGGCAAGGAUGGCUAGAGAGCUCCCUCAGAAGAAAAUGUAUUUGCGCCAACAAGUGGAAGGCCAUUGGAAGGACGAGUUCAACAACGCUACCAUAAGCCCAGAUGAUUCAGCCAGCGGUGGUUCGGUGUGUGUUGUACCACCCAUGGACGGGGAGGCCUAUGAGGGUAUGUCGGACGAGGCGGACAUGGAAAGCUACAUGUCCAGAGAUCCGGCUAUGAGGUUUGAGUCGGGAAUUUGGAAGAGACGACUUAGUCAUUGGAAGACCUGCAAGGCUGCAGCGAAGCGGAGACAUCGAAUCCGCCAGCUUUUCUAUGUGGCUGCUCUCAACAUCUUUUUCCUGCUCCUACUUAUUGCCACUCUGUAUAUCGUCCUCUAUUACUCCCCUCAGAAUAUCCUCGCCAACAACAGGUCGGUGGCUGAUGAUCUCUACGGUGAAGUGUCUAUUUGGAAUGCACAUUCGUGGUUGGACAUUCUCAUAUUCAUAGAUGUUCUCCUCGAUACGUUCUUAUUCCUAAUUGCAUGUGUCUUCGUCAAGUGGCCGCGCGCUCCUAUCUACACUCGUCAUGUUCAAGACGUGGUUGCAAAGAAGAAGCAGCGUGUCGGCCGUGAUGGGGCUUCAGCUGGUUCCUUGAACACCGAUGCGAAACCUCAGUUGGUUUACAUUGACCGUGAUGGCGUCCCGUCUCCUCUGAGUGAUGACUUCCUGUCUGAUGCCAGUUCAAGCUCAGAGUCCGAGUCAGAGGAGACUGUGAUGAAGCAGACGUUGGCGUAUGACUGCUGUCUGAUGAUCGCAAGCCAUCUCUCUGCUAUGACAGAGGAACGUUAUGAAACCUUCACAAGUACUUUACGUGCUGCCCUUAUGGUCUUCCCACCAAGUCACAUCUUCGUCUGUGAUAAUGGUGGCACAUUACACCCAGAAGAUGAGACUGAGUGGGCAACACAGCAGGUUCAUCCUGAUAUCAAUUAUGUUUACAUCCCAGAAGGCAACAAGACAUUCGCCUUCUACUGGGUUAACAAAUACUGGAUACCGUAUCUAGCCCAAAAUGGCCGAGUUCCCGACUUCAAGUACUCGGUUAUGAUCGAUGACGAUGUACCACUACCAGCAGAUCUGUACAUACCUCACGAACAGCUGAGAGCCAAUCCUAAUAUCAAGGCUGUUCACUUCCCUAUUACUGCCACUACCCCUGAUGGUAAGCCUGGCAUGCUUGUGAAAAUGCAGGAUGUUGAAUACAAAAUGGCAGCAGUGCAUAAGCUUUUCCAGGCUAAGAUGGCUCGGUCUCUAUCAUGCCAUGGUGCUGUGUCAUUGUGGGAUCGUGAGGCACUCGAUGAAGUGUUAUACGAGCAUGAUACUGUGUUCAACGGUGAGGAUAUGUAUAUGGGUUUGACACUUUUGAGGAAGCGUGAUGAGUCUACGAUCAUCUCAUGUGCUCAAACGAUCGUUCCCACGUAUGCUCCUGAUACCUGGCCAGUGCUCUUCCGUCAGAGGGUCAAGUCGUGGGAUCUAACAUCGCACAAGAAGACAUUCACGUAUCUGUGGGAGGUCAUCAACCCCCGAUCGUUCUGUCAUGGUGCAUCUUUGGUUCUGAAACCAUACUUCCUUCAAGAGCUUCUUUGCAUUUUAUUGGACUGGUUGCGCGCUUUCUUGCUCUGUGGCUUGCUCUUCCGUGACUGGCUUGGUCUCAUUCUAAUGACUCUUGUCUUUACUGCUCUCCUCUACGUUCAAGUUCUUAUCUUUGAGGUCUUCGUUCUCCGUGAUCGGCAUGAUCUCAGAUCCGGCGUGAUUGAUUUUAUUCU